ACUCGGUGACGGUGCCCCCGUGCUCCCAGUGAGAUGUCGUGCUCCGCCGUGCUCUUCCUGCUUAGUUCAGUGCUGGCCGCGGGCCCCACCGCCGCCUCGCUCAAGUCCUGGGGUCGAGACUUGAAUGUGGACACGGCCUCCAACUGGGCAGGAGCGCGCACCCCAUGCGCCGGACAGGUGGCCCUCUUCUCCGCCAACCAGGCACUGGCGGUGUACGUUCAUCAGAAGAUGGUGACGCGACAACUGAUUUUGCCGAACAACGGUGAAAUGAUACUCGGAAAUGGCGCAUACGUCGCGUUCGCCGAUCGCGUUGCUCCGAAGGACAGCCGCUGCAAAGGAGCUGGUGGCAGCACAGUCGCCUUCCGUCGCACGCCAGGUGACAACUGGUUCGACGCCAGCUCGUGGCACCAGGCCGCCCUACCGUCGCCGGUGCCGCACGCCGAGCGCGUGCCGUGUCCACAGGACGCGGUGCUCUUCCCGGACAACAUGACGUACCGGGCGCGCGUGGAGCGGCCCGUCGCCGUGACCGCGCUCACCAUCGGACCACACGGGAUGAACAACGACAGGUUUGGCACGUUCCGCAACAGCAGCAUGGGUCGCGCCCUGUUCGACGUCCGGGACAAGUUCAGCAUCUCGGCCGCGCCGCCGUGUGACCCCGAAGGCUGUGUUUGCGGCAAUGACCGCCAGGCGGUGCUGUCUGCGAUCUGCGCCGCCACCACGUGUGACGAGGCACUGUGUGGCGACGCCGUCCAGCCAGCCGGGCACUGCUGCAAGAUGUGCGGGGCGUUCGUGAGGGCGACAGCCGACGGCCGGCUGCGGUCCGCCGAGGUCAGUGACCUGGUGCAGCGGCUCGGGCCACCGGGGCGGCUGCGCUGGCACGUCAGCCGCACCCACGACCGCCAGAUCCAGGUGGUGCUGGUGGACGUGGCGGAGAGCCGGCAGGACAGCCGCCGCACCGCGCGCGCCCUGUACGACAAGCUCACCGGCUCGGCCGAGUAUGGUGUAAAGUCAGCGGUGAUCCAGGCGUCGGGACCACGCCACGCGCCGCGGACUGGCGGCCCCGGCUCCGGAUCCGCUUCCGGGGCCGUCAUCGGCGUCCUGAUCCUGCUCCUGCUGGCGGGACUGCUGGUCUUCGCCGUGUGGACCAAGCGACUGCCGCUGCCUUGUCGUGAUCCGGUGCACCUGCCGCCGCCGUCCGACUGGCACGUGGCCGAGCGCGCUGCUGCGCUGGCGGCCCGCCUCCCCAGCCUGGACCUGCGUCGCAGGCUGGGCGACGCGACCGGCGCACGGUUCCACUUCGCCCGCUUCAGGAACGACGCGUCUGGAGAGGUGGAGCUGGGGCAGCGGGCCGAGCUGGAGGAGGUGCAGGAUUCCGUAUCGAUCGAGACCGCGGAGACCGGCGCGUCCGUCGAGCACGGUGUAUCCGAGCAGUCGACGCCACCUGCAGCUCGCCCGCCGCCCGUCACCGGCCGCUCCUUCGACAAUCCCAUGUUCAAUGACCAGAGGGUGGAGGACGAAAAUGUGCCGGCCGGCGCCGCCAUCCUCCUCACCCCGGACGGCAAGUCGGUGGCCAACCCCUUCUUUGGUGUGCCCGACAUCACCGUCGACGAGGUGGACGCAAAGGCCUCCACUGGCACCACCCCGGGAAGCGAGCCGGCGGCAGCGGAGCCAGGCCUGAGCACCGUCGCCGCGCGUCCGGACCCGGAGCCGCGCGCGGAGGCGGGCGGGGCCGCCGCCGACCCGUCUCAGGAGCGCGUUCUGCUGAUCGACAUCGACGACUCGGAUUGUUAACCAGCCGCGCGAUGUCAUCGGUGGGACGCAGACUGUUACAGGCCUGCUCACAACGUAAAACGUGCGUGGUGCUCUGUUGUGUUGAUCAAGAGCUGAGUCUACGAAGACUUUACUACAGGUUCGACGGCUCGUAGCCUGAUAUUCUACACCUUGCGUACGCAUUAAACCUAACAUGCAAGGAAUGUACACCAUUUGAUUAUUCACUUGCCCCCUGUCCAGUGAACCACAUAUCCAGUUAUCUGCUUGAUAUACCGGUAAACUUAUCACUCAGCUUCAUUCUCAAUACUUGACAUACAUGAUUGUCUCUUUAGGUGUAUCAUGUCUUGUGGAAUAUACCUAUUAUUAUCA